CGGGAUCAUCACAGCCUUCACCAUCUCCUGUUUUCCCACUCCACAGAUGGCUCAGGUCUUUCUAUUAUCCUGUUCAACUGAAUAAGGGUAUCGAUAUCUCGAUUGAUAUCCUCCAUCUCCAUCUUUUGGGCCACGGUAGAGGGUUUUCUUCAAUUGCUGUUCCCUACGUAUUCCCUUCUAUGACUAUAUUCAUGUACUUCCCGACAACCACUUUCCAUACGACGAUGCCAGGCAUCAUGUCUGAGCAGGGUAACACUUCUAUUUUCGGUCCACAGUUGAGAAAGCGAAAGAGGGAUCCGAUCCAGCCGAAUUCUGUCGAUAUUCCUACUGCCACAAAGCUCAUUCCGUCAACUCUUCAUACAUUGAAUGGCACGUUUCGUUUAGACUACCCAAACCUAUCCUGUGAUAUUGGAGAGCCCUCCUCUCGCCAACGAUGUUGCCCCCGAAAACGACGAGUUCUUCAACAGGCGUACAUCCAUCCGCAGCUUAGAGAGUGCUUCCCGAAUAGGCCCUCUCCAUUGCCGGAGUCCAGCACAGCGCAGGUGAAACUGUUAUCGCCGAAUGUCUGCGUCCCCGCGACUUCUAAUAUUUCCUCCCCUCCAAUAUCUCCUAAAACCCUUGUUCCGCAACGAAAUACCUGCGCGCCUGCUUCAUGUUUGCGACCAUGCCACAUAUGUCACAGAAGGCCCACCACCAAAGAAGUUCUUGACGCAUACGCCGACUGUGGAUUGUGCGGUGAGCGUAGCUGCUACAUUUGUCUCCGCCAGUGUGAUGCGGCUCAUUGUAGCGGCUCGGCAUAUCUCCUCGGGGAGAGCCAUUUGUUUAGAGGUGCUUCAGAGCAGUUGCAAGAAGAAACAGGCGAUAGCAGGUCACUUACCAGACAGUCGAGAAAAAUAUGUUCUUACUGUUCGGUGGAGGGGGUGACAGAAACAGGGCUCGAGGUGGUCCGAUGUCUGGUUUGUGUACGGAAUCAUCUAUCACACUGGCAGCCCAAUUCUCCAGGCCUACAGAGAUAAAAAGCAUCCGCGUUCCGAAUGGCCGUCAAAUAAUAAACAGAUGGGACAGUCUGCUGUAACGAGACGAACUAAAAAGGGGGAACAUCAUAUUACCCUAGUUAU